AAACCCUCCUCACCAGAGAAAAGAAAGGGGGAAAGAUCCCUUUGCAGUUUUGUUCUCAACCCUUCAGCUACGCUCUCUCCUCGUCCAACUUCCACGCAGCCACCCCAACGCGGGCGACGAGCGAUGCUUGAAGGACGCUAUUCUUAAAUUGGGGAAGUCCAUUUCCUUUGGCAACUCAGUGCAUUGAGCUGUUAGAGAACACGGAGAAGACGGUUUUCUCAGCUGCUGAAUUUUGCAAUGGCUUUUCUGUUUAACAAAUUUCUAGAGGCUGUGAAAGUUCUUGCAAAAAGUCCUACAUUUGCCAGAGAUCCAAGGCAACUACAAUUUGAAGCAGACAUAAAUCGCCUUUUCCUAUAUACCAGCUACAAUCGUUUGGGGAGGAAAGUUGAAGAGGCAGAUGCAGAAGAGAUCAUUGAAAUGGCUAGUAAAGCUUCUGUUGCUGAUCAGCAGAAGCUAGUCCAAGAAAACAUCCAUUCUCAAAUUGAAAAUUUCUGCACAGCUAUGGAUGAAAUUUUUCUUCCUGAUAUGAAUAAGAAAAAUGAGCCAGGUGAAGCACUUGGACAGUCAGAUACUGCUCGUAAAAGUGGCCUUAGUUGGGCGGUUGGAAAGAGUGGUCCGCCUACUGUUUCUCCAGCUAUACCUGAGACAAGGCCAUUGAAGAGUGCUGAAGUUUCAUGGAGGUUGAAAGAUCUCAUUGGCUACACACUUAGUCUAAAACCAUCUCGGAUACCCCACAAAGAAGCUGGACAAGGCUUAUUUGUAGAUGGUGAAGCUGAUGUUGGCACUGUGAUUGCCUUGUACCCUGGCGUAAUAUACACCCCAGCUUAUUAUCGCUAUAUCCCUGGAUACCCAAGAGUUGAUGCCCAUAACACAUACUUGACCGCAAGGUAUGAUGGUACUGUAAUCAAUGCCCGGCCCUGGGGUUCUGGAGGUGAAGCCCGUGAAGUGUGGAAUGGAUUACUUGUACCAGAAAUCAGUCCUAAUGUGCAAAGUCGAGAGAAAGGUUCGGAUCGGUUCUGGAAAAUGCUUAAUAAGCCUUUAGAAGGGAUACGAGUUGGUUGUACUAGUGAGGUCAUAGAGCGGAGGAACCCAUUAGCUUUGGCUCAUUUUGCCAAUCACCCAGCAAAAGGUAUGGCUCCAAAUGUUAUGAUAUGCCCUUAUGACUUCCCAUUGACUGAGAAGGACAUGAGAACCUAUAUACCAAAUAUACCAUUUGGCAACUCAGAAGAAGUGAAUAUGAGAAGAUUUGGCAGCUUUUGGUUUAGAUCUAGGUCAAAAAAAAGUGGGGCCGAUGUUCCUGUUCUGAAGACUCUUGUCUUGGUUGCUACUAGGACACUUUGUGAAGAAGAAGUACUGUUGAACUACAGGUUGAGCAACUCAAAGCGAAGGCCAGAGUGGUAUAUUCCAGUGGAUGAAGAGGAAGAGCGAAGGAGAUGGAGCUAAGUAACGAGUGAAUGUUGACCUUCAAAAGUGUUGUUUAUGCAGGGUUUAGGCCUCUCAUGGAGCAUGCUUAUGUUGCACCAGGGAUCUGGCUUGAAGUUUACCUCAUUUUCUUUAAUUUCAAGGAAUUGAACUCACUUUUCAGCCUCUUAAAAGCUACAAUGUCUAGGUUUGAUAGGUUGUACUAUCAAUUAGAAUAACAGGAUUAGAUUUAGCAAAAAUUUUUAGGGGUUGAUAAUUUUGAAUUACUUGGUUUUUAAUCACUUGUUGAUACUCAAGUGGUUUAACUAAAUUAAAAACGUUGAAUCUUUGAUAUGUUGGAAUAGAAGCUUGCUACUGUAAUUGCAGUGCAAUUGAUGUUGACGACA